CACAAAUUCUCAAAAGACGAUAAAUCCCUAAUUCCCCCAAAUCGAUUCGUACGAGCCGAUCUCUACAUCUUCCUCGAUCCUUCUUUUGAUCUUUCUUCCGAUUUAAUUGAGCUGAGGAUGUCAGACCCUUUGAGUAUGUCUCUUGAUGAUAUGGUUAAGAAGAGCAAGGCCGCUAAAAGGUCUGCUGGUAAAGGAGUUUCCCGCGGUGGUCGUGGAGGAAAAGGUUUAACCGGAGCUGGAAGAGGAGUUGCUGUACCUGUUCGCAGAGGUCCUCUUGCUGUGAAAGCUAGGCCAUCGUCUUUCUCAAACAAGCUUACCCGCAGGAAGAAGAACUUGCCAUGGCAGAAUGGUUUGUUUGAGGAAAGCAUGAGAGCUGUUGGAGGAUCUGGAAUAGAAGUUGGAACUACUGUUUAUGUUACCAACCUUGAUCAGGGAGUCACAAAUGAAGAUGUCAGGGAACUCUUUGGUGAGAUUGGAGAGAUGAAGAGAUAUGCAAUUCACUAUGACCAAAACGGGCGUCCUAAUGGCUCGGCCGAAGUUGUGUACAUGAGAAGAAGUGAUGCAUUUCAAGCGAUGAAGAGAUACAACAAUGUCCUGUUGGAUGGAAGGUCAAUGAAAUUGGAGAUUCUGGGUGGAAACAAUGAGGUUGCUCCUGUUCAAGCUCGUGUUAAUGUAACUGGAUUGAACGGAAGGAUGAAGAGAACUGUUUUCAUUGGACAAGGAAUUAGAGGUGGGAGAGGAAGAAGUGUAGCUCCUUCUAUGAGACGCCUUCCAAUCAGUGGAAACCAACAAGGAGGUGGUGUGAGAGGUGGCCGAGGAGGGUUUCGUGGUAGAGGCCGAGGCCAAGCCGGUGGUGGAAGAGGAAAUAAAGGAGGACGAGGCGGAAAGAAGGUGGAGAAGUCGGCUGAGGAACUAGACAAGGAUCUUGAAAGCUAUCACGCAGAAGCUAUGAACAUCUCUUAAAGCAAAACUCGGAUGGAUGCAUCAUGAUCUGUGUUAUGCCCUUGUCUAAUCUCGUUUUUUCUUUCUCGAAUAUCCUGUUGCUAUACUUUCUUUUAGGAUGCUCUGCUUUGGGUUGUUUUUAUUGUCUUUUUUACAGUCACCUUGAUUGAAGUUUAAAUGAGAUUUAGGUGUAAAUUAAAAGCUCUCUCGCGUAAUAGUGUCAUCUUUUAGUUUCUGAUUGGAUUGUUUAACCAC